CCCUCUUUGAAAAUAAUUGUUCAGACUGCUUUGCCGCGAUGAACCAAAGCCUGCCAAUGAGCAGCAAAGCAGGUCACACGAUCGCGACGUACACCCAGAACUUCCUCUCGCCCAGCAAAAAUUCCCCGCCCAUAGACAGAACACUUGCAACGACGGAACGGAUGACGAAUAAUGUAACUACAUGGCUUAAGUCACAUGAUAUCCUAUUGUGGAAGGCACCGCCCAAGAGCAAGUGCACUUACCUCUGAGCUGAGAACUCCUGGACAAGAACAUCACCGAACAACAACACAGAUGGCAAUACAAGUGUUGAUACACAGCCUCCGACCGACACUGCUCAUGCAGUAAUAAUAUAUGA